AAGAGGCUUGGAGUCCAAAGAACUCACCAGUGGCGUCCUUGGAAGCCCCGGACGACUUGAUUUAGGAAACCUAACCUGCCGCCCAGGGCCCACUUUGCCAAUGUUGUGUGGUUAUGUGGUUGGUUCUAUGCAACGACGAACGAACAGUGCGGCGGGAUUGAUUGAUCUAGUGAUCUUCAGCAGUGUAUCUGGUCGCUUCUCGGCCUUUCAUGGGUGGCGGGUUGACAGGGCACUGCGGGAACAGAGGAGGUUAUUACGACGACAAACAUGAGUUACAGCAGGAUGGGAGCCAAAAUUGAUUAUUAGCAGAAACAUGACUGGCUGGCGGAGUCAUGCAGGCAUAUCCAGCGGUAGUGCAGAUAAGUAAGCCAUGUGGUCCGAAAAAUGUAGCAGUACCAUGCCCCUGUAGGUAUGCCCGAUCCAAGAGAGGCCGGAAAAAGGGUAGUGGGGAUCAUCACGAUAAAAGCCACAGGUCAGUUGGACAGGAGGUUCAAAGCUCAAGGCUCCGACAGCAAUCCUUUCCCUUCUGGCGUCAUACCACAGCAAUCGGCAUUUUCGCACUCGGCCUGAUACCUCUCGGCAGUCUUGGCGCCGAGAGCGCACAGCCAGUCAUCCCGAGGUGUGCGAGGCAGGCCAAGAACGCUCCUCUCACGGAAAUUGAUGGGUUGGUAUAUCCGCAUGCGGAAAUAGCAAGAUUCGUAACUGCUUGGCUUACAUAUGCCGCCCCUGCAAGGCGACCACACCUGGUCGUCCGAGAGCACCAGUUCGAUUCAUCGAUUUUGCUGGAACCCGAUGAGUGGUUGCGUCGGAUGCCGUCCCGUCAGAGUUCUUUUUCACGCGGUUCUGAGCUCCUUGAAGAGUUCGUCGACGGAGUAAUGUGUUUAGAUAUAAACAAUUCAUCAACGGGGAACGAAGAAUUAAUCUUGAAUUUUGUCCUUGAACUUUUCGACUAGCGAUCAACGUCCCAAGAGAUAACAGUCCCACUUCUUGUUCGGUCAAGACUCUC